GCCGUUGGCCGGGCGCGCUCGAGGGCCCGACCAGCCCCAGCCUCCGAACUUGUCGCACCCGCUCCGCCUCUCUCUUUGAAAUAGCGGGCCGGGUGACGCUUCUUUGGUGCGUGCGCAUACCUAAACACAGAUUAGCAGUAAAGCCUGCGUAAUUGAGAUAAAGGCUCUUUAAAAAAAAAAAAAAAUGGUUUCAAAGACCCAGGUUCUGCGCAUGCGUCUGUUUGCUGAAGACUAUCCUCUGGGCCCAGGAUCUCUUCGUGCACAUGCGCAGAAGACUCAAUGACAGUCGCGCGUCGGCUAAGGCUCUGGGAAAGGGGGCUGGGGCCAUGUUGCAUGUGACCUGGGGGUCCAAGGUCCGAGUAUGGUCCCUGGUGCCUGCCCUUCUUGGGACUCCCCGGGCUCUGUCGUCCCUGGCGAACAAGAUGGGGGUGUACCGAAAGAUGUGGAAUCCCACGGAGCCCCGCGACUGGGCCCAGCAGUACCGCGAGCGCUUCAUUCCAUUCUCCAAGGAGCAGCUGCUCCGCCUCCUGAUACAGGAGUUCCACUCUAGCCCAGCAGAGAGAGCGGCUUUGGAGGCAUUCUCAAUUCACGUGGACUUCUGUACCCUGUUUCACUACCAUCAACUCCUGGCCAGGCUGCAGGCCUUGUAUGACCCCAUCAACCCUGACAGGGAGACCCUGGACCAGCCAUCCCUUUCUGAUCCCCAGCGUCUGUCCAGUGAGAAGGAUGUGCUCCAGGCUCUGAAGCCCCUGCUGGCCCAGGCCAACUUCUCUGCACUCUCUGAAGAUGCCCUGGCCUACGCACUUGUCGUCCAUCACCCUCAGGAUGAGGUCCAGGUGACAAUAAAUUUGGAUCAGUAUAUCUACAUGCAGUUCUGGGCCCUGGGCCAGAGAGUUGGGCAGAUGCCCCACAUGUCCAGUGUGGGCUCCAAACGUGACUUCUUCAGAAAGUUGCCCCCUGUGGAGAGAACCUUCAUCUGGCGAUGGAUGGAGAUAGAGACAGAGACCCACAUUGGAGCACCGGACUGAGCUCCCAAGGUCCAAAUGAGGAGCAGAAG